UCCAUCUGAGAGUCCAGCAAUCUUGGGAUGUAUAGCUGCAUCUGGCCUGCUGAGAAAGGCUGCAUCUCUGGCUUUUACAAAACAUAAGAGAUCAACUCUCACAAGUGACAUUAUCGAAUGUUUAGGAGAGAGUUUGGAGGAUAUCUGCCCUGUAUCUUAAAUCUGCACAACUCAUGGCUGCCUUCUACUUCAUCUCGUUGUCUGUGAGAAACUUGAAAAGCUGCUCAUGUUUUCUCAAUAAUAAAAACCUGAAUCUUGUAAUUACCUAAAUAGAAGUUACUACUCAAUACUCAAGACCCAUUCAUUGCCACUCUCUGUAUAACUUCUUUAGGUUCGUGUUUGAGAUUGUAAACCAGACUGAAAAUUUCGAGAUUUACUUGAGAUACAAGGAUCAAGAGAAGGUGGUUUUUGGAUUUUAGAGAGAUGGCUUAUUUAGGACGAAUACAGUUAAAACAGGAAGAAACAGACGCUGGCUAUA